AGAACAAAUGCUUUAUUCAGUCUGUGUUCCAGCUUGCAGCCUGCGAAACUCCCUCCAGGAACUUUCCUGAGUACUUUUCCCCACGGCUCGAGCCACUGAAUGUCAUUCAUGCCACGGAGCGAAAACAUGCGAACUGGUGCCUGGUCCGUUCACCCGACAAUGUGGAGAAUAUGCAGUAUUUUUUGUGCUUGGGGUGUCCUGUCUUUGACAGAGGUCUGCGCGCAGUCUCUACUGGGGUCACGACGGAGACCAACGUUUACAUGCGGAGGCAAUAUAACGGAUGAUUCUGGGGUCGUUGGGAGCCCGGGAUAUCCAGGGGUGUAUCCCCCAAAUACCAAAUGUGUUUGGAGAAUCACGGUCCCUGAGGGUAAAGUGGUGGUCCUGUCCUUCCGCUUCAUUGACCUGGAGAGUGACAACCUGUGUCGCUAUGACUACAUAGAUGUGUACAGCGGCCAUGCGAGUGGCCAGAGGCUGGGCCGCUUCUGUGGGACCUUCAGGCCAGGCGCCUUGGUCUCCACUGGCAACAAGAUGCUAAUUCAGAUGGUGUCUGAUGCCAACACGGCUGGGAGUGGCUUCCUGGCGGUGUACUCGGCUGCCGAGCCGCACGAGAGAGGGGACCAGUACUGUGGAGGGCGUCUGGAUAAACCGUUCGGGUCAAUUAAAACCCCUAACUGGCCUGAGAAGGACUACCCUGCUGGUGUCACCUGCUCAUGGCACAUAGUGGCUCCUAAGAACCAGAUCAUUGAGGUGAAGUUUGAGAAGUUCGAUGUGGAAAGAGACAACUACUGUCGGUAUGACUACGUGGCCAUUUUCAACGGGGCAGAGAUCAACGAUGCCAAGAGGAUCGGGAAGUACUGUGGCGAUAGCCCUCCAGCUCCAGUGUUCUCUGAAGGUAACCAGCUCCUGAUCCAGUUCCUCUCAGACCUCAGUUUGACUGCAGACGGGUUCAUCGGCCACUACAAGUUCAGACCUAAGAAGUUCUCCACCACCCCGGUACCACUGACCACCACCACCCCAGCAGUUACCACCAGACCCAUACCUCUGAAGUACUCUGUAGCUCUGUGCCAGCAGAAAUGCAAAAGAAGUGGAACCGUUGAGAGCAACUACUGUACCAGUGACUUCGUGAUAACAGGAACUGUCAUCACGGCGGCGGUGCGAGGAGGCAGCGUGUACGCCACCAUCUCCAUCAUCAACGUCUACAAAGAAAGCAACCUGGCCAUCCAGCAGGCCGGCAAAACCAUGAGCACCAAGAUCAUCGUCCUCUGCAAGAAGUGUCCGUUCAUCAGACGAGGCCUCAACUACAUCUUCAUGGGCUCAGCGGACGAGGAUGGAAAGGGGAAGAUCGCCCCACAUCACUUCGUUAUGGCCUUCAAGGCCAAGAACCAGAGGGGCCUCAAUGUACUGAAGACCAAACGCUGCUGAGAUCAGCUACAUGCUGCCUGAGUCUCCACCCCCCCCCCCCCCACACCAUGUAACGUUGUUCGUAUUAGUCUCCGCCCAGCAUGCCCUGGCUCCGCCCCUCAUCACCUCUCAUCCGUCACCACAGGACUAGUCUACAGAGCUCAGGCUGUGAUUGGCUGUUUGUUUCUCUUUCUAUUCUUUUUCCAUGUUGUUUUUCUCUCCUCUGAGCUGGACCUGUUUUGAGCACAAUGUGAAGAUGUGAGUGUAAUAAUUGAAGGAGGAGAGGAAGAUAGAGAGUACUAGUUGGAACGAAACAGUAGAAAAUGUUUUGCAAUAUGCUAAUACCUAAGUUAGUUCCCUUUUUUUCCUGUUUAAUAAACAACAUUUUCUCACGUU